GAGACAGCAGAGUGUAGAAGCAAGACAGACGCACUCGCAUGAAACCGAACCAUGAUAAUGCAAGCUCACUUUUGUCUGACGUAGCCGACGUUUAACGGGAGAUAAAUACUACAGUCUACCUCGUACUGGUGUCGGAGGGGAAAGAGCCGAAACGGGAAAAAUAGCGGAUGGUUUGACCUCAUUGGGGUUAUUUGUUGUUUUCUUCGCCGUUUUUGUGGAGAGACCACUGAUGUAACGGUUCUGGAUUUGAUGGGUUGGGUUGGCAGGACGGGAUGCACAAAAGAGCGUCUCUUACACCGUGUUUAGUUGCGGAUUAGGAGAGGGGGAUCAAACGGAGGAGGGGAAGAGGGGAACACAACAACAAGGAGACGUUCUUUAUUAGCGGGGGAAGACAGCGCCAGACGGUAGCGGAGAGAAGGAGAAGACCGAAAGCGUCGCUCGAAUGAUUGUGCCGUGGUGGAUCCCGCGACGAUGCGACGACACUGCUGGGUGAUAGUGCUGGCGGGGAUGUUGUCGUACUUCAACCCAGAGAGAGCCCUUGGAGCCCCGCAGAGAGAAGUCUCUCAAUCCAGGGCUGCGUCUCUCUCUUCUCCGCCCUACGUCGUCAUUCUCAUCUCUUGCUCGGGGCUCGUCUCCUUUGUUUUACUGCUCUUCACCUGUCUGUGCUGUAAGAAGGGAGGAGUGGGAUUCAAUGUAAGUCUCCAUCAUGAGUUUGACAAUGCAGAGGGGGAGGAGUGUUCUGGGGGUUCUAGCCCCGCCCAGGAGGACAGUCUGUCCUCUUGCCCCUCCCUCCCGGAGGUCUACACCCUCCCACUCAGGGACAGGGCUAACUGCCCCGCCCUGCAGGAUGGCUCAGACUCCAAGUCGAAGUACUUCCGUAGGCACACUCUCAACUACCUUCAGGAAAUAGGAAAUGGCUGGUUUGGAAAGGUGAUCCUAGCGGAGGUGCUGUGUGACUGCAGCUCCUCCCAGGCCGUGGUGAAGGAGUUGCGGGUCAGUGCCAGCCCUCUGGAGCAGAGGAAGUUCUUGGCUGAGUCUGAGCCAUACAGGAGUCUCCAACAUCCCAACAUCCUUCAGUGUUUGGGCCAAUGCAGCGAGAGCAUUCCCUUCCUGCUGGUCAUGGAGUUCUGUCAGUUGGGCGACCUGAAGAGGUACCUGAGAGCCCAGAGGAAGUCAGAUGGGAUGACCCCUGACCUUCUGACCCGGGAAAUGCUGACCCUGCAGAGGAUGGCGUUUGAAAUCACCUCUGGCCUGCUGCACCUCCACGAGAAUAACUACAUCCACAGUGAUCUGGCGUUGAGGAACUGUCUCCUGACCUCUGACCUCACUGUCAGAAUCGGAGACUAUGGGCUGUCUCACAACCACUACAAGGAUGACUAUUACCUAACAUCAGACAAGCUGUGGAUUCCCCUGAGGUGGAUAGCGCCAGAGCUUCUGGAGGAGUACAGAGGAUCUCUAAUCGUCACUGACCAGACCAAGACCAGCAAUCUGUGGUCUCUUGGGGUGGUGAUCUGGGAGCUGUUUGAGUUUGGUUCUCAGCCUCACAGGCACCUGAGUGAUGAGGAAGUGUUGACCUUCGUCAUCAGAGAGAGACAGAUCACCCUGGCCCAGCCACGGCUCAAACUCUCCCAUGCUGACUACUGGUAUGAGAUCAUGCAGUCCUGCUGGCUCCCUCCUUCCCAACGCCCCUCCAUCGCUGAGGUAUUCCUCCUCCUCUCCUCCCUUCUGGCUGCUGAGCGAGGGAUGUCCCGAAGGAGUGUGGGAGAGGACGAGGAGGAUGAGGACGAGGAGUAUGAGGAAGGGAGAGGAAGAAGAGGAGAGAGCGAUGAGUCAUUUGAAAGACGGUGGGAUUCUCUCCGUCCUCCGGCCUUCCAGGCUGCAGCGAGUGAACGACAGAGAGAGAGGGAGUAUGGGAGGGAUGACAGGGGGAACUCCUACCCUCUACUGGAAGCCGUGGGGAACUGCAUCACACCAUCCUCCACAGAACUCGAUGACAUCCUGACAGUCACGGAGACCAGUAAAGGGUUAAAUUUUGAGUACUUCUGGGAGAAGGCCCAUGCGAGGUGGGGCUACCAACCACCUCCUCCUCCCCAGCCAAUCCCGAUGGUCAACCCCUCCCACAGACAAUCACUGGACACACCCACGGUUGUCCCUGUGAUAAGUGCACGUAGCCCCUCCCUCGCCAGCGAGUACUUCAUCCGAUUGGAGGAGCACACCCCUCAGGAUAAGUCCCCAUCUCUUAAAGGGAAAGCGCACUCUUUCCGUUCUGACUCGUUGUGUCCUGGAGAUCUGGAGCUAGUGGAGAUACGCAGCGGAAUGCUGGGCAAAGAACGUGCGCCGUACAGUUCUGAUGAGGAGUACACUGGGCGAGGAGGGAAAUCCAUCCAGACCAUCCGAUCCAGCGAGGUCCAGAUAAGGGUCCCCAACACUGGGGUGGCAGAGUUCAAAGACACCUCCAGUAGGGUGACUGACUUCUCUGUGGUGGAUUUAGGAGAUGAUGAUGAGGAGGGGGGGGGUGAAGGAGACAGUAGGUCAUCCAUUGGUUCUCAGGCCCCUGUCCUGCCUCCCAAGCCACGUUCUAUGUCAACCUCAUCGGGCAACCACCUCCACUCGCGCCCCCUCCCUGCUCCUCCUUUGGGCUACCACCGAGUAGGACUUGGGCUGGGUCACUAUUCCAUGAGUGGUAAAAUAGAAACGAUGGACCCUCUGACGGGCAGCUGCCUGCCAUCAUCAUAUGAUCACUUAGGGUUCCACCGUCCUCGUCAGACCAUGCCCCCCUCCCCGUCACUGUCCCCCUCCCUACCUCAGUCCAGCCACCCCAUCUACCCCACACCCCAAACAUGUCCUCCCCCUCUCCCACCCCACUACAAGCCCCAAAGGGGCCUGUAUCACAGCUAUGGUGUAGGUAGCUACUCCAGAUACAGUAAGCCCCAGAUGUACUCUCAAAGAGAGCCACUAUCCUGUGACGACUCAGACCGACAAGGUGGUGUACGGCGCACAGCAUCCUUGCACAACACAAAGGGAACAUCCAAUUUCCGCUCAAAAGACUUUGACUCUCCUGUACGACGCCAGAACGUAUUUCGCCCUGUUUACCGCAACAUCUCCCACUCCGAGUCCGGGGGCCCCAGAAUUGAGAGGCACUCGUCCUCCAGUCCCACCUAUUCAGAUGAGGAUGACUCCCCCUUUAUGUCCCCUGAGAAACCCAGUGGGGGAGGGACAACCGUCCUGACCUCUAGUUUGUCAGAGGAUGCGGAUCCGGCCACAGCCGAGCUCUUCUCCAGGGGUAUGAAGAGGACCCAGUCGCGCCUCGCCACCAUCCUGCCUGCCAUCUGGAGGGAGGACGCCGAACUGCAGGCGGAUAGCGUAACCGACGCCAAGAUAUCCCCCAUGCACCUGUUUCUGACUGAGAUCUCUAGUGUGUCAGAGUCAAAUGAUGCCAAGUCCAAGGAGGGGAGGACCUCAUGGGAGGGAGAGACAGAGCGGGAGAAGAAAAGGGAUGGGGAGAGGUCAGGGAACUUCCUCCAGCCCUUGAGAGGGGGGAUGCGUCGGUCCCGGUCGCUGGUCACAGAGCUGGGCUCUACAGAACAGACAUUGGGGCCAGACAGAAACACACAGAUGGUGACAGAGGUGGAGAGGGUGAGGAAAGGCUCCAUCCAGAGAGAUCUAUUCCUCACUGAGAUCACAAACACAGGAAGGAUGGAUGCAGGCAUGGAGAGAGAUCCGGUGAAGUUCCUCCACCCUCCUGGCUCCCGAUCGCAUCCCUACACCUACACCUGCGCCCCCGGCCUCCCGUCCUACGCUGAGGCCGAGGAGGCAUACUCCAGGGGCAUGAGGAGAUCCCGAUCCCUCCUCUCCGAAAUCACAGUGGGGAGGCAGGAGUCGGAGUCACAGGAGACGGAGAAGGAGACAGAGAAGGGACAGAUGACCAGAGAGGAGUUCCUGAAGGAGAUCCAAUCAGCAGAGACCUUUUUGACAGAGAUCAUAUCCAGACAAAACGCGACCACCUCCAACAAGCAUUGCGAGGACUUGUCUCAGUCACCCACUCCAAUGUCACCAGAAUACGAGUCAAUAUGCAUAGAUCCUGACUCCUCUCAGACCAUCCGUUUCCAAUCAGAGAGUUCCAUACGUACAUCAAACAGAGGCAAAGACGAUGUAGCACCGGAGGCCAUUUACGCCCAAGUGACUAAACGGGCAAAAAAGAGUGAGAUGAAGGUCACUAUACGGCCUGAGAUUCCAGUACUGCAAAUAGGAUCAAAUAAACAGUUUGUCAAACAGGAAGAGGAAUGUCCCACAGACACGACCUGCCUUAAGGACUCACCCAGCUCACUCACAGAUCCCACCGCUGACACCAACUCUCACCCAGACUCUCAGCCACAGCCUGGUGACUUUGUGUUCUCAGCGAUAAUGCCAAAAAAUGGCCUCCUCCUUUACCAAACAUUCCCCAGUACAAAAACAGAGGAGGAUGUUUCAGAAGGUCCAGCCUUACCUGUAAGAGAAACACAGAGAGUCAGAGAAAGGGUUGAGCUCUCAAGACAAGCUCAAGUUCAGUCUUUAUCUCAAGACAGUGUUACUGGAGGAGUGGAAGAAUCUGAAAAGAAACCCUGUGAUGAUGAGUCACCUAUUUCUGUAGAUGAGAAAGAGAGCAGGGGUCAGAAUAAUGUUGGGGAAAGGAGUUGUGAGAGAAUGAAAGGUGAUGCUGAGGUCAGAGACACAGGGCAAGGAUGUCAGAAGCAGGAAGUUGCUGAUGACAUUUUACAUGACUUAACAACAGAGACAUCAGGAACAGAUAGAGCAUGUCAAAUUGAAUCUAAAGAUCACAAGGAAGAAGGGUCAGAGAGUUCAAAAGGUUGUGACAGUCAAAUGAAGAACAACACAUCACAUUGUUCUACUGCUCAGUCACAUGACCCAAAUGUUGAAAGCUAUUUACAAAUGAACAAACAGAAUUCACAGAUCAACCAAGAAGGAAGGUCAGACCCAAGUCAAAAGAGCCCUGAGGCCGUUCCCACCACCCCAGACUGGGACCCAUCCUCUGACCUCUCUCUCUCCACCAUGACCCCCUCAGACUCAUUCCUUUCAUCUUUGACCCCCAGUUCAGCCGACUGUCUGACCCCAGGUGACCCAUGUGUUGGAGGUGAAGGACCAGGUGGUUGGAGGGUGCUGGGGACAGAAACCCCCCACAGAGACUCAGCCUACUUCUCUGACAAUGACUGGGAAGGGGAGGGGCUUAGCAGGAAGAGCACUGAUGGACUGAGCGUGACCAGACCCGGCAGUGGACGAGGCGGAGAGAGGGGGACGCUGACGGGAAUAGAAGAGAAGACAGAAUUAGAGGAUGAGGGAGAAACCAGGGGAAAGAGUCCCUUGAAGAGGAUUUCAAAUAAGGGAAUUGACAUUGAGAGGGAAAAGGAGACAGUUCUUGAACAGAAUGCUCAUGUGCAGGAUAUCUCUCAAAACAGUGAUGAUGGAUAUAAAGACAUGUUGAGUAUUCAGGAGAACGAUCUCAGUCUGAAAGAAGUAGAACGUAAAACAGGGUUAGAAUCAGAACAGAGAGAAGACUCUGGAAUGUUCCACAAUGAGAGUGGAGAGUCAGAUGAAAAGGGCCUAGUCCAUCCGGGACUCCUGUCUGAUAACUCACAGACCAAGGAGAACAAUGAGUUUAUAGCUAAGCUGUUCUCUAAUUUAGAUGAUGCACCUCUCAAAGGGUUCUCUUACAAUGAUGGAACUCAAAUUUGUAAUCAUUACACAGAAGGUGUGAUUUCUCAUGUGGAGUCGAAUGAUUUUAGAUUCCAUGACUCCACAGACAAAGACUUGACAUUGCCUUCUAAUAGUACCACUAAGACAGACUGUUUGAAAUUAAUAUCUGCCAUUCAGACAAAGGAUAACAAACUUGAGAAUGAAGAACUCCCAGGUAUUGAAGAGAGAGAAAAUGAUAAUUCCAUGAAAGACACUACGGAACCAGUGACGGCGUUACAUGGCGACCAUGACAACAGAGAAUCCAGGCUAUCUAGGUUCUACGGUAUUCAAACCAGCGAGGUCAAACUCAGUGACGAUAUUCCAGUAGUACUGGAUCCCAACGACGGAGAGAGCACCAAUGACGAAGAGAGCAAACUGGCCUCUUCUUUCUGGGCCGAGGGGGACACUGAGGUGUCUGAAAGAGAAGACGGGCAAGAUCUGGAGAUUCAACACACCGACGCCAAUGAGCUUGGCCUGAGAAACUUGUGUUACUCAGAAGAAAGCGAAGACGAGAGGGCCAAGGCCAAAUCAGAGACAGAGAAACAGCUUGCCGCUGGAGAGCUGUGUAACGCCAUGAAGGAGAAAUCUCCUCAGAGAGGACCAGUGACGGGGAGCCAGAGUGGGUCUUUGAGCAGGGAUGGAUCUGCUGAGACUGUGGACAGGGAGUCAUCUAAGGAUCUGGAGAUGAAGGCUAAAGAGCUGUGGAACACUCUGGAGGAGGGGGAGGGGAGAGGGGAAGGAGUGGUGAGGGGCGAGUUCGACUGUCACCGUUUCCAGCAGGGAGAACUGCACCUGUGGCCAUCGGAGAACGACCAGUGGGCCUCGCCGGAGAACAGAAGCCAGGAAGCUGAACUCGGAUUGGAAUUCUUCUCAGCGUUCGGAAAGACCUGGGAGGAGAGGGAGCAGCUGGUGGUAGGCCGGGAAUUCUGGGAGGCUGAGGAGAACGAUGAACUGGCGGGGAGUGAGCCUCAUCCAGCCGUCCUCCAAGAUAGCGAAGAUACUUCUAAUGACGAGAGGCAGGGACGGGUAGCCUACCUGGAAAUAAAGGGAGAGUUGUCCCAGAAACAGGCUCUCUCCAGUAGCAUUGACAGUCAGCUAUCCCAGGCACUGGAUGUACAUCAAGAGGAAAAUAUAGAAAAUCCAGAUAGGUUUAACGAUAAUGAUGUUGAAGGUGAUCAAAAUGUUGAAGGUGUUCAGCUAGUGGUUGAGGUGGAAAACCGAGAAAUCCCAGAGCAUGAGACCAAUGCAAGAGGGAGGGAGCAGUUCAGGUCACUCACUGAGAUGGGUGGAGACAGUGAGGGUCAAACUGCAUCUCUUCUAAAUGACUUGGAUGGAAACAUUGCUCAAGAUGAGGGAAAUCAGAACUUCAACAGGUUGAAUCAUCUCAGUGAAGUCCAAAUGGAAGAAGGGGCAAUGGCAGAAAAUAACAUGGAAAAAGAACAGGACUUUGAAAUAGACAACCAUCUUGCUCCCACAGUAAAGAGUAUAUGUAUGGGUGUAUCUAUCUGCCUCACUGGAGUACCACAGGUAGAUUUGUCAGGAUUAAAACAUAUUGAGCCAAGCAUACGCAUUGAAGAAGCUGACUCUUCUCGCCAGCUUGUGGGGGAGGACAGAGAAGAGGGAGUAGACAUUGUAACCACAGGUGAGGAUUUGAGAGACAUAUCUCUUCUAUGUGACCCGGUGUCUUAUCCCAAUGAUAAUGACUUGGAAGAUAUAGCCUCUUGUACAGAUCUGUCUGGUUCACAUGGAGACAACUUUCAGUUCAGUUCUGUAGACUUUCCCAGCCCUCCUCCUAGCAUGGAUAUUGAUAUGCAAGAAGACAGGCUGCAGAGUUUAGAUGAUUCUUUUCCUAGUCCCCCACCUUCUGUCAUAGAAAUAGACGACGAUCAGGGUCUUAUAAACCUUGAUUAUUUGGGCUCAGAUUUCAUUACCAGUGCUGAGAGAGACCCAACAAUGCCCCCCACUCCUCACACUGAUAUCCCAGAGCCGCCCCCCUUACCACCCACCACAACCCACAGCAGGGGGAUCUCUGCAAACCUCGACCUUUCACCUGUACAUCCAACACUUCCAUUAUUCUCAGGUGAAAGCCAGAACCAGAGCCGCCUCACAUCAAACAUGUCCGAGGAUGACAGAAAUAACCUGUCCCAGAAAAACACAACCACCACUUCCACCACACUUCCGUCAUUGCCCCAGAGUAACUUCAACACCAUCCCAGAGCUGUUGAUCUCUGAGUGGAAGGAUUUGGACGAGGAGCCUCUGGAAGACUUUGAGAAACUGGAGCAGCUGUGUUGCAUAUCUGGGGAUGAGGAGGACACCCUGGGUGAUCUCUUCCUGGGGAAUCUGGAGCUGUUGGAGUCUAUGAAGAAGACGCCUGAGCAGAAAGCUAAGGGUUCUGGAGAGAGCGAUAAAGGUGAAGAGACCUGUGGGAGACCUGUGGGACUUCCGCUAAACUCUCAGGAGGAGAGGCGUGAACUACAGUUCCCAUCAGCCCUUUCACCAUGUCAUUCUCCUGACUCCAAGGACCAGAGGUCACUUUCCAAGAUGCCCACUAAAAAUGGCCUAAUGAUGCAGGUGUGUGAGGAGAGACUGCAGUUCUCUCUCUGUGAGAACGUUAAAACAAACGUCCUCCGGGGGGCGACAGUGAGCGACAGCGUCAUUCUCCGCCCAUGGGGGGACCAGCCCUUAGAUGGGGGAGGAGACACAGUCAGUGUGAAGGAUGCAGGAAGCGAAGAGGAGCCGGACACCGAACCCAAUUCUGAACCCCAGAGUGAGUCUGAUGCGACUGACAGUGAACCACUGACUUCGAUCCAGCAGCCAGAAGUUACACCCCCUCAGCCUGUGGCAAACCAAGUAAUGAAAGCCAAACUGGCUCGCCUGUCCCUCUCCCUCUCCCUCCCUCCUCUCCCUCUUGCUCUCCCUCUCUCCUCCAGUCCCAAGGGAGGGUUCAGGGAGGGCGGGCUACACAGAGACAGGAGUGGGAGACGGAGGGGUGCGUCCCCAGGAAGUGACCCCGAUGAGGAUGAGGAAGAAGAGCAGGAAGAUGAAGGCUCCAGGAGGGUGAUUGUUGUCACGGAAACAGACGUUGGCAAAAGGGUGGGGCUCAGGAGUCUGCUGAAGUCGCCAAGGGAACCGAUAGACAAAGAGAAAGACAGAGGGAGAAACGUGUCCUUUUUUGAUGAUGUCACUAUCUAUCUCUUUGAUCAGGAAACUCCAACCAGUGAGCUGAGUAGUUCCACCUGCACCAGUCCAGCUCCAGCUCCUAACAAAAGCACUAAAUUUGAUUUACAUGGAGCAAACAGCAAAGGCAAAGACUCCAAAAGAAAAGGGGACUUGUCAGUCAAACCGAGGUCGCCCGUGGGGGCCAACCCAGUGACAUCCUCGCGUUUUACCGUCAGCCCAGCCGAUGACCCCCACUUGGUGUGAGGCAGGGUUCCGGAAUCCUCUGAGUUGUUCUGUUACCCUCAGAACAGGGACCUUCUGAGAGUGGCCAGUGGAUUCCCCUCCAACCAUAACCAUUCUCAGAGGCUAUUUUUUUAUCGAUCAGGCAACGGAAAGAAAAGACCCCUGUUCUAAAAGCUGGACACAUUCCAGGUUUAACCAGCUACCAGUCCUUGUACGAGAAAGGUUGUUGAUAUAAUAACUCCUCCCUUUGCCACUGAAUCCUAGGGUCGAUUUAUAGACACUCUCUGGAAGUGGUUGAUGGCAAAGGCAGUUUGUCCAAGGCGAAGAACAGUCUGGAGCUUUGUAAAAUGUGAAACGGAUUGACUGCUAUGCAAUGGGAGUCAUUGUGUACCAGCUUACCUUCUCUUUACCUGCUUCUUUCGGUUGUCUUCACCCAGUAUGUACUGGGGGAUGCACUUUCUUUUACUCAUGUAUCUGUCUAUGUGGAAGCUUGGAUUGAAAUCUUAACUUUGUAAAAACGAUUUUCAUUGCAGUCAGUCAUACUUGUAGGCAUCAGUUGGGGCCAGAAAACAAUCUUAACUCCUGUAUUUGAGAGUACUCAUUCAACAUUUGUGUACAAAGAUAGUGAUACAAGUGUAUACAAUAUAAUUUUAGAGCUGUUUAAUUUAGAAGUAUUCUUAGACUGCACGAAAAGAUGAAAACAAGCUAUGUUUCUAUAUACUUUUAUUCUAAAAGUCUAUGUGUAGCUAUUAUUUAUUUAAUGUAUUCAUUAUUUAUUUAAACAUUAUUUCCAUGCUUUGUAAAUAUUGUUUAUUUAUUUUGGUGCAAUUAAUUUAUCUCUCAGAAUUGUUUGGGACAAAAUGCAUCUAAGUAAUAGCUUCUCGAUUUAAUUAUUCUUCAUAACAAAUAAAGCAAGAUAUUUUCCCCAACCCCCAAAAAUAUUGAGUAUAAUUUCAUGUCUUUAUAACUGCCAUCCUGUGCUUAACUUAUGUCCUCAACUUGUAGGGUUUCCCAAACUGGGUCCUGGGGCCCCCCCUGGGUGCAUGUUUUAGUUUUGUCCCAGCACUACACAGCUGAUUCAAAUAACCAACUCAACAUCAAGCUUUGAUGAUUUUAAUCAGCUGUGCAGUGCUAGGGAAA